UGCUCAGCCUCCUCAGACCGUCUCCGGCACUCGCAGUGAUGACGACCGCUCUUGGUCUUUGUGCUCCUCUCUAAUCUCACCAGCAGCAGCUCCAAGAAGUUCCGCCGAGUUUUGCUUCCUCCACUCGAGACCGUCGGUGAAUUCUUUCUUCGAUUCCGCGAUCGGUUUCCGUCGCGUCUGCACAAAUGUUCGCGUCCACCAAACACGUGCUGCUCGCCCUCGUGGCCUUCAGCGUUCACAUUUUCGUGGUGGGCGGUCUGAAGGACGUGCGCGUCAUCUCUCCAGGAGGCGUACCUGUGGGCGAGUCGAUCAAACUCGAGUGCCACUUCGACACCGAGGGAGACAAGCUGUACGCAGUCAAAUGGUACAAGGGCAAAAAGGAGUUCUACCGAUACCUGCCCAAGGACAAUCCGCCGGGAAAGGUUUUUCCCUCGUCCGGAGUCAACGUCAACCUGACGAUGUCCGGACUGAACCGGGUGGUGAUAAUGGACGCGCACUUUGGGCUGAGCGACAAGUACAGGUGCGAGGUUUCCGUGGAGGCGCCGUCGUUCGACACCGCGCUCGUCAUGGCCCCCGUUUACGUAGUCGAUUUUCCAGAUGGUGAUCCGGUAAUCUCGUUGGAGCGGCAGACCUACCCCGUCGGCGAGAUACUCAAGGCGAACUGCACUUCCUACAGAAAUCACCCGUCUGUCAAUAUUACCUGGGCCAUCAACGGACUGCCCGUGAAAGGCAAAUACGUGAAAACCCUGCCGCGUGUGCUGGAAGAUGGAAACCUGACGACCACAACUGAAACACUCAAGGCGGCCGUUUUGCCCGAGUCGUUUCGCAACGGAAAGAUGAAGCUCGAGUGCACAGCCACCAUGUACAACGUGUACAACCGCACGACAAAGGCCAUCAUCGAGGAGGAAAACCCGCGGGCCGCCCUUGUGCUCAGCACCACGCACGACUCGGCUUCCUCCACAGGUCUGAAGGGUUCUUGCGGCGCGUUGGUGGUUGUCGUGCUGGUGGCGCAGCUGUUGCUGGCCCUCUCGAGAUAGCAAGCACGGCCUCAGCCGUAAGAAUUCCGACGGAAGCGAGUUGGAAGCGGUGUCGAAAUUUUCUAGCUCGGGACGCAGAGUAAAAGAGCGCGGGCCGUCGUCUCAAAGGAAGCAGGCGCGCACCCUUAGCAGCGAAUUAAGGCAGUGCGCGUCUCAAUCAAUCGACUCUAGCAGUGCGUAAGUGAGCCACCCCCGCCAGCCCCCUCGAGCAGACACAGAGACUCUAUUUGGACAUUCAAUUCGAUAUAUCUCGCUGUUCGAUUCGUGUAAAACUUGCUGUGCCAGCUGCGAUGCGACCGACGAGUGCGUUCGUCGGUGAGAUUGAAUUUUUUUGCAAAAAAAAAAAAACAAUAAUUAAUGUUGAGAACUCAGGAUUUUGUGAGAUUUUCAACUGGAAAGUCAUGUUUGUUAAAAAUUCAUUUUUGAAGUAAUUAAUUAAUAAUUAAAUGUUUAUAAGUUUUAAGUAGAAAUCUUGCACAUUUUAGAAGGUUCUUUUAGCAAAAUGAGCGGCUUUUUAUUUUAUUGUAGUAAAUUUAAUGGUUUUUGAGGAUUUAUUUAUAAGUCAAGAUAAGAAAGCUUUAAAUUAAGUUUUAAUUUUUCAGUUAUUUUCCAAAAUAAUGAUUUUUUCGCCAUUCAAUUAAAAUUUAAAUUAAAUUUGGGUAAAAUCAUAGAAAACUUCUAAAUAUAAAAAAAUUAAAAUUUUCUGAAAAAAUUUAGCAUUUUUGGCAAAUUUUUUCGUUUUAUUUGUUGUUUUCCUUGAUUUAAUUAUUUAGGGCGUCGCAAUGCUUUUGAAUCCACUAAAAUAUGCAAGAAAUAAAUUGGCCCAAGAAAGGCGUGCAAAACUUUUGAAUUUUUAUAUAUUCAGAACUGAAUUGAAGGAAGAUUGACUCUUUCGAAUCGUUUUCGACUUUCUAGUUUACGAAACGUUUCAAAUCGUCAUCAAAUUCUGCAUCUUACUUCCUGAAUUGUAAAUAUAUAAUG